AUGGCCGGCGAAGAGAAGUGCAUCUGUCAAAUUUGUCAAUGCGGGUAAUCGCGCAAUUUUUGGAAAAUUCUGAACAAAACAAUUAUUUAGCCGUCACCGCUGUGAUCAUGUCGAUGCGGAUCUGGGCUUUGGGAACGGAAUUGAGGAGAAUCAGACCGAGUACGGAAUGCAAUUUCCGGCCAAACAGGCGGCACGGUAAGGGAAACGUUUUGUGAACAGCGCGCGCAGUUAAAGUUGUGGCCAUGGCCGAGAAAAAUCGUAGGUAGGCCAUGGAAUUUUUCCGCAUUUUCUUGCGUUCGGUACAAUUUUCAGCAUUGUCAAAGUGCAAAGGUGUCAUUUUAUCAGCAGGGAAGAGUUUUCACACCCGAGUUUUCUAGGCCACAACAUUAACUGCGCGCGCUGUUCCGUUUUCAGACAAAAUUCUAACUCGUAAUUUCAGAGAACGCGUGCCACGCUCUCAAAAUGCGACAUUUCUGGACGGCGGCGAGUUCGACGGGACCACAAUAAAUCGUCAAGACUACGGACUCAAAAAGGUCUCUUCUUUUUGCUUUUUCGCUUUUUUUUUGCGCCGCCGCCGCCGCCAAAACUAUACGAAUUUCUGAAAAAACAUUUUUCAAGGUCACCCGGAAUGCUCCGUUCAAAUUUGUGAACGACGUGCAAGAUUCCGGAGAAUUCAUGGGCGAUACCACCCAUAAAACUGAUUUUCAGGCCAAGUCGGUGAGUUUUAAUUUGAAAAUUUGAAAAAAAAGUAGCGUUUCAAAGUUGCAACAAGAGAUUGCUUCAAGACUAUUUUUCUAAAUGUGCCGCAGAGUUUACAGUUCUAAAAUAAUUGAAUCUCUUAAAAUUUGUUCCAGGUGGCUCGCCAAUCCGCGCAAAGACCAACGACCAAUGGGCUUCUGAGCGGUGAUUUCGAAGGAUACACCACUCAAAAAUCGGAUUUCGACUAUAAAGGAGUGAGUUAGGCGACGGUCUCAUUACGGUCCCCAUAGUUCAUUUCAGGAUCCGAGAACCGGAGUGAUCCGUGGUCCCCAAGACGCUCAAAUCUUUUCGGGACCGUUCAACGGAACCACCACUAACCGAGCGGAUUUCGAUAAGAAACAGGUACGGUCUAUUGGGACUGAUGUAACUCGGCUGUCUGUGGAGCCAUCCAAAAGGGACCAACUGAGAAAAUUUAGAAAAUGUUGCGAUGAACAUUUUGUCAGUUGACGACUUUUUAAAAUCUCUACACGCCCGUGAGUUAUAUCGUUGUUUAGGCCGAAAGAUCCGCAAUUCUUCGCGGUCCCAACAGUUCGAACGUGUUCGGAGGCGGACAAUUCAACGGGACCACAACGAAUAAGGCGGAUUACGAUCAGAAACAGGUACGCUACCCGGGGGGUACUAUGAUUUACAGUAACAUUUUUAGGCCGAAAGGUCCGGAAUCCUUCGUGGCGCUCAGGAUGCGCCGAUCUUUUCGGGGCCGUUCAAUGGUACCACAACAAACAAAUCGGACUAUGAUCAGAAACAGGUCCUUAUCUACCGUAAACAAAACAACCGUAACCUUCAGGCCAACCGUACGGGUCCACUAAAAGGACCGAAUGACUCGAGAAUGUUCUCGGCGGGACCAUUCACCGGGACCACCACAAAUAAGACCGAUUUUGAUCAGAAGCAGGUGAAGAAGAGGAGUGCGCUCUAUCGUACACCUACCGUACCACUUUUUUCUUUUCCUUACAGGCUGAACGAUCGACAAUCUUAAAGGGACCAAGUGGAUCGGGCAUUUUCUCGGGACCGUUCAACGGGACCACCACUAACCGUGCGGAUUUCGAUAAGAAACAGGUACGGUCUAUUGGGACUGAUGUAACUCGGCUGUCUGUGGAGCCAUCCAAAAGGGACCAACUGAGAAAAUGUGGCAAAUUUUGCGAUGAGCAUUUUGUCAGUUGACAACUUUUUGAUAUCUCUACAGGCAGAUGAGAGAUGAACAUUUUUUGAAGGCUGAACGUCAAUUACCGUUCAAAGCGACCGCGGAUGAUUUGCAAAUUCCGUCUAGUCCGUUUUUGGUGUUAUCCACAAAUCGAGCCGAUUAUACCAAAAAACAGGUGAGAACUUUAGUUGUUUUUUUCAGAUUUCCAAAAAUAUUUCCUCAAUUCCAGGGCGACCGUUCCCUUCCAAUCCGUUCGACAAACGACCUCUCCACACUGAAUGCCUCGUCCGGCUCUCCGUUCGACGCAAUUUCCACGCACAAAUCGGAUUUUCAGCAGAAAAAGGCAGAGAAAUCGCGUCUGACGCGGCCGCAUUCGUCGCAAAAUCUGUCGGCCGGAAAGUUUGACGGAACGACGACGACGCACUCGGACUACGUGCAAAAAUCACAAUCGAGGUAUCGAAAUGGACGGAAUUCCGACUUCCGACUUCUGGCUUCCGUAUUGCUUUUUCUGUGGUCCGCCUUGUCAAAUUGUUCGUACUCUGUGGUCAGGAAUGUGAAAUGGAGUAUGAGUAAUACUUCCACUCCCGCAUUUUUCUGUAAAUUGGAAUGCGAACUAGUGUAUGAAUCAUUUGAAGGACGGAAGGAAGAAAUGUGACCAAUUUCUAUGACAGACACUUUUAUGAGUCUCAUUGGCAUGAACAAAAAUUUCGCUUUCUCAAAACUCGUCACAAUUUACACGAUUCGACGCGGAAUUUUGCGCUUAACAACUUUGUCUCUUCCCGCUUCCCCCCGAUUCCUUCUAGUUUACGAGCAAAUUCGCCGUUUUCAGAGUUAUUAACGUGAAGCCGCGCGACGACUCGUUCACCGGCCACGUUUCGCGCUUCGACGCGAACACAACGUAUCAGGACGGAUUUCAGCUGAAAAAUGGCAAGUUUUGUGCGAUUUUAAAGUCUAAAACUGUAAUUUCAGCGGAACGACUGCCGCAGCAACGGACAAAGGACGAGUUGACCGUCGGCUCCGGUCAGUUUUACGGCGAAAGCACGCAGCACUCGGAUUUCAUCGAAAAACACGUGGAUAUAUGCCCGGCCGAGAAGGUUUUGACGAGAAGGUACGCAUUCGAUAAUCGGAUAAUCAAUAAAUUGUCGAAAUUUCAGAGACCGUUCGUUCGAAUUCAAGCGAAACGUGAAUGGACAUCGAUUUUACGAGCAAAAAGUGACACACGGAACAAUUCAGCCGAACCGUCUCGUCCCUGUCGAAGCCUGA